GCAAAGAUAUGAGCAAAUUACCAUGAAGUAUAAUCGACUGAAGGAGAAAUUUGUUGGUUAUCUUGAAACACAACAGAAAAUGGAUGAGCCUCCUAAAACAGAGCAAAGUACUGGUGCUGAAUUGCAAGCACGAAUUGAUAAGCAGCAGAUUCAACCGGUAAUCAAGAGCCAGAAUAAUGAUCCGACGUUCACGCAACCGACUGCAUUAAGCAGUGAGUCGACACCUUGCCACCCAGCACAUGAUGAUAAUCCUGAAUUUAAGGAGCAGGAUAACCAACCUACGUUGAAGGAUGAUAGCAGUGAACCUUUGUUCAGGCCUCACAUGAGCACGAUUGCUUUCCAACCGAGCACCGAAUCCGCGUUCAGAAAGCCGCCGAAUGUUUCAGCCGGGAAACCAUCCAGCACUGAACUUAAACCCGCGGGCCCGAUUCCAAGCCAUCAGGCAAGCAAGCCCGUCUGUAGCACUGUUGGUCUGCCGCGUCGGGUUGAACCAAAACAGUCUGGUGCAAUGCAGGCUGGUCGAAAACAAACCGCUGAAGUGGGCCAAACUGUGGGUGUAAUGCAAGCAAGUAAUCAAGCCUCCAGGGAAACCAGAAAGCAAUCAAAAACAUCAUAUUCCAAACAAAAUAAAGAGAACAGUUUAUAUGAUUCCCAAGAGAAGCCUGAUGCGUGUAAGUCAAAUUAGUUCAUUACACGUACAAUGAGUUUAUAUUAUUAGUAUAUUUUAGGACUUCCAUUUUUCACAAAUUAUUCAAAUUAUUUUAUUUCUAUUUAAAUGUAACAUAUAAGAAACAAAAAAAUUGUGUAAAUAUAUAUGCAUGUUUUAAAUCGAAAAGCUAAAGCUACGUUUACACGCUGCGAUUUGUCGGGCCGAUUUUGGUAAAUAAUCGAUGCCCCUUCUUCGACAUUUAGCGAUUUAAACGUUCAAUUGAAGCUGUCCGCUCUCUCGUCUGUUCACAUUAUAGUUUUCUGCGUGCGAAAAGUUUUCAACAACUUUACAACGGAAGAAAAAUCGUUGAAUCGUGAGAAAAAUCUGUGUUAGUGUUACAGAUUUUUCUCCCGAUUUUGUGAAUCGCAAGGUGCUGACGCGAGUACUGACGACAGGUUAUUUACAUACAGCGAGCAAAAUCGGCCCGACAAAUCGCAGCGUGUAAACGUACCUUAAGACUAAAGCCAAAGAGACUAAGCCGGUUUUCCACUUCAAGCGUACCGAAACGUGUCAAAAACUUUUUUAUAUUUCAAAAUUUCGUGAAUGUUGAUUGGUUAGUACUUCCGUAGUACGCCAAAAAGUUGUUGUGACGAGCUUUUUAUUUUGAUACGCGAUACGCCCGGAAGUACGUGGAUUUGUAAACCUCUUUUCAAUCUGCGCAUGCUCACCAGUACGUUUCGCUACAAUACGGGCGAAGUGGAAAACCGGCUUUAGUUUCCACUUCAAUCGUAACGUAACGUAACGUAGCAUUUUCUUUUGUGUGGACGUCGUUAACCAAAGAAAUACGCUUCGGUACGAUACGAUUGAAGUGGAAACCUGGCUUUAUAGUUUCCACUUCAAACGUACCACAACCAGCCAUACCGUAGCAUUUGUUUUCUGUCGAAAUUUGUGAUGAAAAGCGUUGAAAAUAUAAUUACAUAACAUGCCAAAAAAUCUCGUCUUGGCGAAAACAAAGCCGUUUUGGUCAUAUUUCGGAAGAACUAGCAGGCACAAACCUAUUUACAGAAUCUCAUUAAUUCAACGGUUCCAGCUUACUGCCUCAACCAAUAUUUAAAAAUUAGGAUUUAACUCUGAACUAUGCAGUGUGAUUGGCUAACAUUCGCACACACAUUAAGUACUUUUUUAUACUGCGACCGGCCUCAGUUAACAGAGUCGAUGCUACGUUUGAGCAUGAUAUGCAGUU